AUGUUUGCUAUCACAUUAACAUUACUAAUACCACUAGUGCUUUGCCACGAAGGCAACAUUCAUUUAUUAGAGGAAGAAAUAUCGGAAGCUUUACGGUUUUGUUCUUUGGAAGUUCCGAAGAGUCGUCAACGUCGAAGUAACAAUUAUACGCGUAUUGAUGGGAACAAAGAAAACCACAAUCAAUAUUUUCACGAACGUAGAAAUAAUAGCCAGGAAAAUCGGAUACACGUACUAAAUGCCACAGACUAUGAUUAUAUGGGCUUUGGAGCUGGUGAUGUUGGUGAAAAGUAUAUAAAAACUAUACCCCGCCCGGUUUUGAAUUAUAAUAACAAUAGCAACUAUGUAUAUAGAAAUAAACGGGAUUUUUUAGCUAAGGAUACGGAUCAGUGCCUGAGUCAAUGCGUGUUUGCCAAUUUACAAGUGAUUGAUUCAAGGGGAAUUCCACGAGAAGCGGAAUUAUGGAACAAGAUUCAAACUUCACUCAAUUCACAACAAACCAGAACGCUCCUUAAGGAUCAAGUCCACGCUUGUUUUGUAGAGUUGGAGUCUGUAUCGGAAGAGAAUGGCUGCUCGUAUGCACAUAAACUGGAGCGAUGUUUGAUGCUAAGAAUCUCUGAUCGGAAAACCAAUGUAACACAAACAAUAAUAAAGAAAUAA